AUGUUUUCCUUUUCUGUGAUGGUGGGACUUGUCCCAAUUGUCUCCAUCUUUGGUUUGUUCUUCUCUGCUGCUGUGGAUGAUAACUUCCCUCAAGGCUGUACAAGCAGCAACAGUCUUUGUUUCUACAGCCUGCUGCUGCCGGUCACCAUUCCAGUCUAUGUGUUCUUCCACUUGUUCAGCUGGAUGGGCACUAAGCUCUUUCGACACAACUAGAAAAAUGCUACUAAAACAUUUUUGACAAAUCUUUGUUAGUGUGCUUUUUGGUUGUUGGCUAAUAUAAGGUUAUGGUCGGACCACACUGACACCACAAUUCAGAUGCAGUAAAGUUUGAUUAAAAGCUACAAUAAGC